AUGGCGCCGCCGGCGCGGCCUUCACGUCGCCAGCCGGGAACCCUCCUUGACCAAGAUGGCGCCGCCGGCGCGGACGUCACUUGGACGCGGUCACGUUCUGCGUUUGUCGCCGUGACGCGGAGAGAGCGCGACUGGGUUGCCAGUGACGGCCGUUACCAGGGGAACGGGAAAAGCGGCGAGGCAGCCUUCGCGUCAGCAGCAGCAGCAGCAGCGGCGGCGGCGGCGUCGUCGUCCUUCUGGGCCGCCAUGGAAAACCUGGAGAUCACCGUGAGCUCGAUAACCGCAGACAUAUCAAUCCAGGAGGACCAGACCGAGCUGAGCUUCGAGGAGCUGAAUAACCUGAUGGAGGAGCUGAGGAUUUCCAUUGGAGAUCUGAAAAUGGAAACUGAAAUGUUUCAGAAGGCCUUGGAUCGAGUGAUGCCCCAGGAUGUGCCCCAGCCCAUUUUAACCCGUGGCCAGUCUUCCCAAGAUCUGUCACAGGCACGGGUAAGGCAUCGAUCCAGAACUCGGAGUUUUGCAACUGAACGUCUUCAGCUAUUGACAGCAGAUCAGAAGUCUGACAUUGCUCACAGAGAACUGGAGGAAACAAAAGAGAGAGUACAGACUAUGAAAUUGCAGUCAGAACGAACCAUACAAAAUUUACUGGCUGUCCGGGAGGAAGCUGAAGUAGGACUGAUCGAGAUUCAAAAAUCAACACAAGAAUUUGAACGUGAUUUUGGGUUCUCUGGAAGUUCGAAAAAGGGGAUAGUGAUUCCAACAGAGAAGAUUUAUAAAUACAUGGAAGACAGAAUCCGUGCAAAAGACAUCAUGAUCGAUAGACUACGACUGAAGAGCACUGCACUGAUGAUGCAGAAGUCGAAGCUGUACCAGCAACUCCGCCAGAAAGAAGAGAUGGGGGAGGUGCUGCAUGAAGUAGAUUUUCAGCAGCUGAAGAUUGAAAACCGACAGCAUAUGGAGAAGAUUUCUGUCCUCAAUGAUAAACUGCUGUGGCUCAAAGUGAUAACAGGACAAACUCAGCAAGUCCUCAACAACUACAAGAGACAGUUGCAGAAAUUGAUCACAGAGACAAAACGGCUUAAUACAGAGAUCAAAUCCAGACAUGAGAUGUCACACAGAAUAAAGAUUGAGAUGGAAGAAGUCGAAGAGGAACGAGAUAAGGAGGAACGACAAAACAAGAAGUUUCGUGGCCUGCUGUCUGAUUACAGAGUGCCUGAGGUUCUCGAGUACGUGUGUGGAAAACGCAAUCGCUUUGACUUAGAGCAGAAGCUCAAAACCUGGAAGCGAAAAGUGGAUGUUGCACAGCUGUCACAUAAAACCUCCACUGAAGCAUGGGAGAGACUCAAAAAAUACAGCACUAACGCUCAGAACUGGGACGAUGAACUGUGGACCAAAGAAUCCCAAUUGAUGCUUACCCAAGAGAGUGUCCCAAGAAGCUGAGGGCACAAACAGGGAAUAUUCACAGGAGCCAAGUUGCAUAAUAUAGUUGUUCAAUCAAAAGAUUUUGACCGUCGGUUCCCAUUAUGUCAAAUCAAUAAAA